UCCCUUUCUGCCUUUCAUGUAUUGAGACAUCAGUUCCCUUAAUUAUUACAUACUUCCUCCUCCUGUAAACCAAUUUGUGUGCACAUGUGCAGGUGCAUGAGUGUGUGUGUGUCUGUGCAAGUGGUGCAGUACCUGGUAAAAAUCCCCCUCACUCCACUAUAAGAGGAGACAGCAUGGAGACACCAAGGCACAUCACUCCCAGGACGACUCCUCUGAGUAAAGACCAAACACACACAGCUCUGCCACCAGACGACCACAAUGAUGAAGAUGCUGCUCGGCUCCUCUCUCUGCCUGCUCCUCCUCCUCAGCUGUUUUAGUCAACAUGUGGAGGGCCGAGCUCUGAGUCUGGACAGCUGCUCUGUCAAUGUCCACACACAUGAACUGCGUACAUAUUUUACUUCCAUACGAUCAAAUGCGAUAACAGGCGACAAUGAGAUUGGAGUAAAACUUCUGGACAAAUCACUGAUAAAUCAUGUUCAGGCUGGUCAGACAUGCUGUUUCCUGCGUCUCGUGCUGCGUUUCUAUGUUGAGAGAGUGUUUAGCAACUAUGCCUCUGCCCAGCCACAGCAGCAACGCAGCUCUAGCGCUCUGGCCAACGCUUUUGUCAGCAUCAGAAGAGAUAUUCAUAAAUGUCACUGCCACUGUGAAGAGGACACGCAGAGAAAAAUCGAUUCCCUUCAUGCUGAGUUUAACAAGCUCAACAUAAACCAGGCAGCACAGAAGGCUGUGGGAGAACUGGACACUGUCCUGGAUUGGCUGGAGGGCCAGAAAACACACACAUGAUCACACAGAAACUCAACAAAUCAACUCUGUAAUCCCAAAGUUGCUGCACUUGAUGAGUCCUUAGCUAAUAUCAAACAUGUAACACUUGACCUGAUAUUACUUGUAAACAGAGUGAAGGUUUCUCAACUUCACUUCUGUGCCAUUAAGCAUUUCUCUAUUUUUUACUUGAAUUAACUUAAUGUGUAUUUUAACCACUGGCAUGUGGACUGUUUUCAUGCAA